UUUUGUUAUGUGAGUUACCUAAAUUCAUAUUUUGCCCCUAAAUUUGAUUUUUAUGAUUGUCUUAACGUUCUUACACUAUAUAUUAUAGGGCUUUGAGUGAGUUGUGUUUUCACGAUGAUUGUCACCCCAAUAGUAUUGGAUUCAUGUGCCCGGAGAUGAUCUCGGCCACCAUGUUAAAGUCCGAUGCAGAUCGAAUUCUAUUGUAAAUGACGAGGUCCAUGAGUGCACUUAGUUCUAAGACAUUCAUCUUAUGUCCAUACUACGAAAAGAGUCACUGGAUGCUUUUAGUUCUUUGAUUGUCUAAACGUGAGGUCUACAUAUUUGAUUCUCAACAGAAGAAGAGAAAUUUGAUGAUUAAGGAGCCACUAAACAAUGCUUUUCGGAGUUACAAGAGACUAGGUGGACAAUCUAAGGGAACUAAAUUAACAUGGAUUCCAGCACAGUGUGCUCAACAACCGGGAUCACUAGAUUGUGGCUACUACGUCAUGCGUUUUAUGUACGACAUAAUAAUGAAUCAUGGUAAUAGUCAAGAUCUUACUAAGGAUUUUUCAAGAACAUUGCCUUAUUCACCGGAGGAGAUUAAUGAGGUGAAAGAUUUUUGGGCAGAUUACUUCAUGAACAAUGUCGAAUUUUUAGCUUAAUUUGUAAUAUGAACUUGAUCUCUAGCUAGCUACGUACCUUUGUUGUAAUAAUUUUAUGUUUGUUGUAACAUGUUGGUUGAUCUAUGACGAAUUUAAUUGCCUUUUAUUGGGAACGUUAAUUACGUUGUAAACUUUUGUGACAGGUAUUAUUUAUAAAUGUAUUCCCGGUAUUGGGAAUGAAGCGUCUA